AUGGCCUUUGCUGGAGUAUGGCAAACUGAGACCCAGGAUGCAUACGAUGCUUUCUGCAAGCUGCUUGGUAUCCCCGAUGACAAAAUCGAGAAGUGCCGUGACUACAAGCUGAUCACAGAGGUCACCCAAGAUGGUAAUGACUUCUCCUGGACCCAGAUUUACUACACCACCACAAGGGUCACCAACAAGUUCACCAUCGGCAAGGAGUGCGACAUGGAGACCGUUGGAGGGAAGAAAUUCAAGGCCACAGUCCAGAUGGAGGGAGGAAAGCUGAGCACAUCCUUCCCCAACUAUCAACAUGUCACUGAGAUUGUUGGAGACAAGCUUGUCGAGACCUUCACUGCCGGCUCCCUAGUGCUGAAGAGAACCAGCACGAAGAUCAGCGGGGGUUUGAAGAGUCAGAACCGCAGAUGUGGACAGACAAAACAGCGCUCAGUGAAGCCAAGACCGGCAAGCGCCAUGCCAUCACAGACAGAUGAGAGACAGGAAAAGCCAAGGCAGAUCUCACAGACAGGGACAGAAGGCUGGUCGGCUUACCGGGGCAGAGACGAAGAAAUGUGA